UGCUGACAUCUAUUUGGAAAAUCCUCCGUUGGUAUGGUAGAAAUGGUCGUUGGCACUUAUUGGCAGGUUGUUAUGGAAAAUGCCGCCAAAAGUUUUUGUUUGUGCCUGCAUGAUGGGUAUUGUCACGCGGUUCCUGUUGACGUUUUAAAAGCGUGUGGAGGUCGAACACUUUUUGAUGCGCUAACUGCAAUCCGAAGAUGAGUUAAACGUGUUUUGACCUGAACGGCUGUCCAAAAAGACUUAAAUUCACGAAAAUUCGUUGGUUCAGGUUACCGGGUGAAAUCUGCAACUUCGAUUGAAUCGUACAUGUUACUUUUUUAUUUGAAGAUUUAUGUGAAUCCAGAAAAAUGAGUGAGGUGAUAGUUCUUAGUUCAUCUGAAGAUGAAGCUGAAAUUGUAUCUUCAAAGAGAAAUAAGAAUGACAAAGCAAAAGACAGGGAAUCUAGAGACAGCGAUUUUAGUUUAUCAGAUUUCCCACAAAUAAAUUUUAAUGACAUUCACAGUAACAUUGAUUUGAGUGGCAACAAUGGUCAGGAAGAAAAUUGUAGUUUUUCUGACAUUCCUGAAGUUGAUAACUCAAGAACAAAAGGAAAAACAAGCAGUUUUGAAGACGAUUCUUUCCUAUCUAAUUUACCUAAAUUUAAUGUAAAUCAGACAAAUAAUUCAGGAGCAGGAACAUCAAAAGAUGAAGAAGAUUGUGCAUCAGGUGCUGCAAAUACAAAUGCCAAAAGCAGUAAUUCACAAGAUGGGUCCCAGAGCGAUUCAGACUAUGAAUCCCAAAAUAACUUAGUUGAUUAUUGGGCGCAGUAUAUGGACGGGUUGAAAAGUAAAUACAACGUUAAUGUUGACUUGUCUUCUGAUGAAGACAAUGAACUGGAAGAAGCAGUAGAGAAGGAAAAGGAACAAAAGAGAAAAAGGAGUGGAGGAAAGAAAGCACCUACUAAAUCAAAAGCUGAGGCUGCUGAAGCGAAAAAAAGAAAACAAGAAGAGCGACAACAGGAAAAAUUAAGAAAGCAAGAAGAAGCAGCUAAACAAAAAGCUUUAAAGCAAUUGAAUAAAAAAAAUCGGUUGCAGUUCAAUCCUGAGAACAGUUUAAAGUCAAUGAAAAUCUUAUUUGACGAAGAGGUUGCAAAAUACGAUUUCUACACAGACGUCUUAAGAAAUGCUGAAGAAUAUGAAGUCCAAUAUAAUGUACAAUCCCAACUCAUACCUAAAAGUAUAACAUGGAGUAGAAAGGUAGAAGAUAAUUAUAUUAAUGAUAAGCAUGAAGUGUGUUCUACUGUGAAGCAAAUUGAUGAAGAUCAAUUGAUGAUAAUUUGGGAUGCUGAGGAAACUGUGAAUCAUAUUUCCAAUGAUACGUUUAUUUCCACAAUUUCUAAUGUUAAAUCAUUAUUGCCUGACAAAAAACUAACUUUAGUUAUGUACAAAAUCGAAAGUUACUUCAAGUACAUCAAAAGUAUCAAAGAUCGUGCUGUUCGAGAAGAUAUUUUAAGUAGUCAGGGUAAUCAGCAGAAUCAAAAAAAGUCUAAAACCAAAGCUGACAGAACAUUUGCUAAUUUCCCAAAAAUUUCAAGAGAUAAGUUCGAAGACUGUUUAGUUGAAAUUCAAUUAUUGCAUAAAGCAAAUUCAAGAUUAAUUGAACUACCAUGCGAAAUGGUUUUACUGAUACACCAAUAUACAAAAUCGUUAGCUCAACGGCCAUCUAAGCUGGAAAAGAGACAAGAGUCAUUUCAAAAUGAUUGGUAUGUUAGCUGUGAUAACAGGGAUACUGUAAAAGUUGACAAGGAUGGAAAUGGCUUAAAAAGAUUGUGGCAACAACAGCUAUGUCAAUUCACAUUGAUGAGUUUAGAAAGUGCAGAGGCAAUAGUAUCAGUUUACAAAAGUCCAUUACAAUUAAUGGAAGCUUAUAGUAAAUGCAGUCCAGCUGAAGGAGAGACAUUAUUAAAGGAUAUUCCGAUCAGAAGAGCAGUAGGACCAUUGACUUCGACCAGAAAAAUCGGACCCGAAUUAAGUAAAAAAAUAUUUACGAUGUUUACUGCAGAGGAUGGAGAUUUAUAUUUAAAUGAAUGAAUUUCCUCGAAAUUUUUUGAAUGACUAUUUCGUUAUUAAGAGAGUUUAAUUUUUAUAAAAAUAAUUGUUUUAAUAUAUAAAAAAAGUUUAAAAAAUACUACGAUAUUUUACGAGACUGACAAAAGAAAGGAUGUUUACAAAUUUUGUACACACAUGUUUAUAUACAUUUGACUAAGUUAGCAAGAAAAAUAAAACAAAGUCAAAUUCAUAAGAAUAAUCACUUUUAUUGAACGCAAAAUUUAACAAUUGAAAAGAAAAUAUCUUUCACAAAAUUUGUAUUGGGCUGAGUAAAAAACUGUACAUUAAGUUUAGAUUUUAAGGCAGCAAAUUCUUAACAAGUGAGUUUAUAAGUCGAAUGCUUUGAUGAACUUGGUAGUUAAAUUUUCAUUUUUGCGUGCUUCCUUAUUUACAGACUUUUAAUAUACCAGGCAAUUCAAGAAGAGCAUUAUUAAAGCUAAA